CGCAAGCAAACACAUCUCCUUAAAGUGUUCUUUAUGAUGAUGCCUAUUCAGAACUGUUGGAUUCUUCUUCAAAGUAAAUCAUUCAACGAAAUUGAUACAAUAUUCAAAAUGCUAAACUCAUUUGGUCUAAAUGAACAUCAAAUAAUUUGUAUUGUACGAGAUUGUGAAGAAUUGACAAAUGAACAAAAAAGAAAGUUCAUGAAUAACGGAAUAAACAAUGUUCUAUCAAUUUCAAAAAUUGAAGAUAAUAAUGCUGCAUUCGAUUCAAAUUUGGAAGUUUUAAAAGAAAAUAUCUUUAAUAUGACCGGAAUUGGAAAAAACUCGCGUAUACCGAACGUGGGUAGUUUAAGACGUGAGGAUUACAAUGUCUAUACGGAAAUUGAAAACCAUAUCCAUAAUAAACGCGUCAAUGACAUUCAUAUUGAUAUUCAAGAUGAUAAUUUAAGAAAUUUUUCUAUUGACAUUGAUAAGCAAUUACAGAAGAUUGAUAGAAACAUGAACAACUUACAAUCAUUCUUAUUUAAACAUAUUGAUGCAAAUAAUAAAAUACAAAAUGAACGAAAGAAAAAAAGUGCAUUCGCUGGAAAAGAUGCAGAAACGAAACAAGCCGAAUUAACCAAAAUUAAUAAAAAAAUGGAGGAUUUAUCUGAAAAUAAAGCAUCUACGUUCCCAAGUGAUUUAGUGUAUGAAUAUAAUGACCUAUUCAUAAGACAAGAGUUUCAUUUGAUCAAUGAAAUGGAUCAACGAGUAAGCGUUUGGCAAAGUCCUAUCUUAUCUCCAUUGCUCCAAGAAAGAAAUGAUAUUUUGGCUAAAUUAGUAGCGUGUACAAAAUCCAUUGAGGAUCUUGGCAACAAAAAUAGUAAUCCUGCAAAAUUAGAAGAAUACAAAAGUUUAAAAGAAAAGUUGGAAAAAGAAAAAAAGGAAAAUUCGGAAUUAAUCGAUAAUAAAACGAUCAAUAAAGAUUUUUUCAUGAGAGAAUUACUAAGUAUUUACGGCGAUGAACAUUUUCUGAGUAAACAAGAUAAUAAUACUCAACGAUUCAAACCUGACCUCUAUAUUAACUCAUUUGUUGAAUACAUAACGAAAGGAAAUGAAAUUGAAAUUAUUGAUGGUGAUAAUAAUGAGUUUAAUUCAAAAAUUAUUUCGGACAUCUUCAGAGGACUUGAUACGAAAUUUGGCCCAGUUAGUAAAAGAGCACUAUUUGUUGUUUCAGUCAUUGGACCACAAAGUUCGGGAAAAUCGACUCUCUUAAAUAUGUUAUUUGGUAGUAAUUUUCAAAUGAGUGCCGGUCGUUGUACAAAAGGUUUAUAUGCAUCUCUUUUUAAAACAAAUUAUUCAAAUGCAAGAGAAUUGCUGGUACUUGAUACAGAAGGACUUAUGUCUAUUGAAAAAGCAAAUGAAGAAUAUGAUAAAAAGUUAACUGUGUUUUCAAUGGCAUGUUCACAAAUUAUGCUUGUAAACUUAAAUGGAGAACUUAAUGCAUCAAUGAAAAAGAUUCUUACCAUCAGCCUUUUUGCUGCUAAUCAGUUGAAAAUGUUUAAAACUCGUCCGGUCAUUAUGUUUAUUUUGAGAAAUAUGAUGAAUUUAGAUGUUGGAUUACAAAAGGAAAUGAUUGCUAGUGUAUUAAAAGAACUAAAAGAAAUCUGUAAACUGAGUACAGUUGAAUUAAGCGAAGUACUCGAUUUCAAAGAAGAAAAAGCCUUUUUCUUAAUGUUGACAGCCUUUAAUAAAGAUUCUUUUUAUAACAAUAACAAAGAAUUGUUUCAAAAGUCAACAACAAAUGCCAAAUUUGCAGAACAAAUUCAAGAUUUAAGAAAGAUCAUUUUUGACCAAGCUAAUUCGCCAAAUCAACAAUUCAAGAGUCUUAGUGAUUGGGUUCAGAAAGCAUCGGAAAUUUGGACAACAAUGAAUCUAUUCAAUAAUAUUCUCAUGAUUGAUUCCAUUAAAGAAAUUAUGCAAAGAGCAGAACUUGGCAAAAUUAUUACAGAUAUUAUGACAGAUUCAAUUGAGCAAAAUUUUCGUCCUGAUCUUGAUAAAAUAAUCGCAGAGCAAGAAAAACUUAUUGAAAUUCCAUAUAGCACAAGUGAUGACAUUGGAAAUAGUUUUGACGAUAAAGAAAUCGUGUUUGUAGAAAAAGUUAAUAAUCGUUACGAUCAAGACAUCAAAACAAAAUCAUUUGAAGAAAAAUUAGUAAUUGAAUAUCGAAGCCGGUUACAUUAUGCCAUUACAGCAUGUAAAAUACAAGCAAUUCAAGAGUAUAAAAAAGUUAUUGAAAAAAGAAAAAUUGUUAGUAAAAUAGAGUCUGCUUUAAAAAAUUUGCAAAAUGAAUGUGAUAUCAAAAUUAUUGAAUGGCAAAAGAUUCAGCAAAAUAUUUCUAAUAAGGAAUCGAAAAAGAAGCAGCUCAAAGUAUGGUUUCAAGAUGAAAAGAAAAAAACGCAAGGAACCAUCAUAGACGAAAUGAAUAAAAAUAAAGAAAGAAUAAUUAAACAAUUGCCAAAUUUUGUCAUUCAACAGAUCACAUCAGCGAGAGGUACAAUGCCGACUGAAAGCAUUCCGUUUAGUUUAGUGCAACUCGAGGAUAGAGUAUUAGGAAAAAAUUCUGUCGAUAAUAUUAUCGAACUUCUCAAUGAUUUGGAAAAAUUUAAUGAAUUCAAUGAAAAUAAAUCGACCUCUAUUUUGCAAAAAAUACCAACGCUUAUCAAAAGAAAGCAAAAUUAUUUCAAAACAACACAACAAGCUCAUUCGAAUGUUUCAACACAACGGGCUCAUUCGGAUGUUUCAACACAACGGGCUCAUUCGAAUGUUUCAACACAACAGUACCAAGAAGUUGUUUACAAUGAAAAAUCCCAAAAUAUGCUGGUGAAAAAAUGGCAGCAACUUAAUCAAUGGGUUUCAACUGUAUUUCAUACAGCAAAGUCUGAAAACGAAAAAAGAAAAUAUUCUUCACAUAGGCAAACUCCAUUUAAUCCAAUAAUGGCAGAAAUAAUCAAACUUUGUCCCAAUUUGGAGGAAGCACUUCUUAUUUAUGCAAUGUUACUUGAAAUGAAUGAAUAUCUUCAAAAAAAUAUUAAAAAAGAAAUAGUAGAAAGAAAAGAAUAUCAAAUAAUAUGUUUAAAGCAACAUCUCCUUCAAAUUUACGCAAAAAUAACUGAAAUAAAUCAAAAACAUUUGAAUCCUGAAGAUUAUGAAUUCACGGUUGAUUUUGGAACUGAAUUAAUCGGAUGGUUAUAUGAUAUUAUUCUUAAAAAAAUGACAAUAGAUCAAGAGGAGGCAUUCAAAAAACUUGAAAAUGAAGUUACACAAAAAAUUCAAAAAAUGGAAGACGAGUUUAUAGAAAGACUUGAGAAAGCUUUUGAUGAUAUCGAUAAUGCAAACCUUAUGGCCAAACACGUGUUCGAUAAUCUAAAGAGCGAUUGUUUGUCGACGAUAGAAAGUGAAUACAAAAAUCUGUUGAAAAGAGAGACUGAUCUCACUCCAGAUAAUUUAGUUGUUGAAUCGGAUAAAGUUUUUCAGAAAAAAGAUGGACAAUAUGAUAAAAAUGGUAUCUAUGAAUACAUAACAAAUAUGCUUGAUUACAUGAAAACGGUCUAUUCAACGAUUUUUCAAAGUAAAGAUGCAGAAGUACAACGAAUAUGUAACGAAAAUUACACUAAACUACAUGAUCAAAAUUAUCAAAUUUUGAUCGAAAUCCUAGAACAAUUGGAAACUACAUUCACAAAUCGUACGCCGAUCCCUGAUCAUCAAGAGUACUAUACAAAAAUAUUCAAAGCCUAUUUAGAAGGAAAUCGUAAAGAAGUAAUGAAAAUAAAUCGACACCUACAAUUGCCUAUUGUUGUAGAAAAUUUAAAAAAAUUACAUAUGUCAAACAAUCUAUUCAAAACUAUAUCAAUUUCAAUUUAUUCAAUAAGUAAUCCAAAAAUAUUUGUAACUGGCUUUAAAAACAGAAUAGUCGCAGAAAAUAAAGGAUCUCAUCCCAAGUUUAUCUUCACAGAUAGCCUUUUGAUAGAGAGAGAUAAAAUCAAAUUUGAAAAUUUAGAAAAAGCAUUAGGAUGCGUUGAACAAUGUCCAUUUUGUGGUUGCAAAUGUACAGAAAGAAUGAACAAACACGAUGCACAUCAUUCCGAUAAACAUCGAUUAAUGGCAUUCAAUGGAUCGUUUGAAUUACUUAGAAAUACUAAAAAAGUCUUUGUCUUUGAUCUAUGCAAUAGUGAAUUUAAUAUAAGACACAGCAAAUGGAAAGAACAUUCACAAAGUCAACUUGUAAUUCAAGAAAACCAAUCUAUCAGGGAAAGAAUGAGCCAAUAUUCAGUUGGCGUAGGAGACGUUACAAUAACAUUAUCCUGGCAUGAUAGCAAUGAUUUAGAUUUACAUGUUACUUGUCCUUGUGGAACUGAUAUAUACUAUGCUCAUCCGAAGUGUGGAACAUGUUCGGGUUAUCUAGACAGGGAUAUGAAUGUCUGUAACUGUUAUCCGUCUUCUUGUCCGAACACGAAAUGUUCACCUACAAUGCCUAUAGAAAAUUGUUUUUUCAAACCGGCAAAGAAUGGAAUGUACUCAGUAUCGGUCAAUUAUUUCAGUGGACCGAAAGGCAACGCCAAGACAUUUUCCAAUUUUGAAGUUAGAGUAUCAACUCAUAAGGGAAGCAACGUCCAAACAUUUGAUGGUUUUGUUGAAUCCUCUGGUCAGAAAAAAUAUGUUAAAGUCGGUGAUUACGAGCAUAGUACAGGUAUCAACUUCCUAGAACAUGUCAAAGCAAAUUUCAAAACUUGGAGUAGUAUUACUAUCGUUACGGAUAAUCAUUGGGAAAAUUUAUUGAAAAAAGCCUGGUGUCAAGUCGCUCCACGAAUGAGUCAAUUUUAUGCAUUCGAAGAUAAUACUCCAACUGAAUGGUAUAAUUUGAGUUAA